AUGUCUGAUUCACGAUAUAAUCGUUCGCAAUCAUAUCGUUCAGAAUACAAUAGAGAUCGUCGCGAGCGGUUAACUUACCGCGAUGAGGGAAGAGAUCGUCGCCGGAGGAUUGGAGAAAGAUCAAGAAGUCCUAACCGUUACUCUGGCGAUGGUAGGGGAGCUCGUCUAGAUUAUCGUAGUAGAGAUGACUACUUUUACAGAGAAAGAACAACCGAUAGUAUUCCUCGUUCUUGGGGCAAUAAAGGAUAUCCAGAAGAGCGCCGUAUAAGUAAUGGCAAAUGGAGGCAUUCAAGAUUGGACAUGUCAGGCGAGGAACGUUCACAUGAACGUCGUAAUCUGGGUGAACCAAAUAAUUUCGUAAUUCUACAAGGCCUUCCUUUUUCAAUUACCGAACACCAAAUUCAACAAACUCUCGAAGGUUUACAAGCAAGCAUUGAAAAUAUAAGAUUGAUAAAAGAUCAUAAGACAGGAACAUCUCGUAGAUAUGCUUUUGUCAAGUUCACGAGCGUAGAACAUGCCCGUCAAUUCAUCGAAGCCAAUCAUCCAUAUAUUAUAAUAGAUAAAGUACGAGUAAAUAUUGCAUAUAGUCAUAGUGCAUCGGUCGAAGAUGAAGGUUGGGCAUGUAAGAGUUGUCGGCAUCUUAAUUAUAAAUGGCUCGAUAGGUGUCAUCAAUGCAAAAAUCUAAAAAGAGUUGACUUGAUCAUAGAAGUAUCAGGAUCUCUUCAUUCUGCAUCUUCAGGAUCAUUUUUGAAUUUUAAUGACGGAUCAAAAGAUGCGAGCAUCUAUCCUCAUAAUAUUUUAUUAGUCCGUGGUUUGGACCCUUUGACAACUGAGGAAAGUUUGUAUUCUGCUAUUAACUCGAUAAGUCCUCAAGGCAUGCUCAAAAGAGUGUUACUGAUAAAGGAUCGAGCAUCGAGAAUAUCUUGGGGAUUUGCAUUCUUAGAAUAUCGAGAUAUUCAGACAUCCGCGAAGGUUCUAUCCCUGGUUUGUGAUUUGCAAAAAUUCCCUAAAGGAUUUAUCAUCGACUCACGUAACGUUUCCAUAACGUACGCAAAUCCCGGAUGCUUUAUUCCUGUAUACUCCACAACUGAAUGGAAAUUUUGGGGAGAUGAAGGCGUAGCCUUAUCAUAUUGGGAUGAUAAGGCUUAUGCAGUAGAAUAUCUAGGGCCAAUUUCUACUAGUAUUGACGAAUCCCAACAGUUCAGUGCUGUGAUAAACGAUUUCCGUGAUUCUGAAGUUGCAGAAUUUUCGUUGCAAGAAAAUGAAGCAGAUUCGAAAAGUGUUGUAGCUGAAGAAAAUAAAGAAAGUCGUAAUGUGGAAGAUGAAUUAAAUGCAUUUUACUCAGAUAUGGGUGAAGUUCUCACGUCGAACGGCCAAACUGAAACCAAAUCAAUUUUUUCAGUGUCUGAUAUGGUGUCAUCAGCAUCAAAUCAAUUACAAAAGGAAAAUUCUGAAAAUUCUAAUUAUGUAAAAGCAUCCUCGAUGGAGUUGGGCUCCAAUAUUCAAGAUAUACAAGAAUCUUUAGUAUUGUUAGAUUCUGUUACCUCUCAACAACCACAAUCUUUUUUGCCAAAUCGUGAUUUGCAAGUUACUACAAUGAAUCAAGAGGAAAUUAUUACUGUUUCGUCAAACGAACUCCAAGGAAAAAUUACACAGCAGCAGCAGCUAUUAAAGCAAUCUUAUUCGUGCGUUGCAAUAGAAAAAUCAUCUCAGACAAAUUCACUCAUACAAAACAAAAUAAGUUGCUCUUCGUAA